UAAUUACUAAACAAUUCGUUUAAUAUCCAAUUACAAUUCCUAAUGAACAGCUGAUCUGUUUCUUCUACUGGAAUCCACUCUUCCCCUCCCAUUUUCAUUCCCAAAUUAAAAAAAAAUAUAAUUAAUCCCCUAAACUCGUUUGAAGUCACGUCUAAAGUCCAGAAGACACGAAUAAAUUAAUUUGUACAAUUAAAAAAGUCUGUGUAACCUUGAUGACAGUUGAGGUUAUGUAACAACAAAUUGUAAAAAUCUCCAGAAACUUGAGUGUUCAUUGUCCAUGAUAAAUUGCCGUAAAAUAUUGUUUAAAAUAAAAAUUACAAUUUCUUUAUAAUUCUUUUGAUUUUGAGAGAUAAAAUAGUGAGUGAUGGAGCCAAACUGGGAAGAAUUCUACGCGAAUCAACCAAAACCCAUGGAUUUGGAGACCAGCAAAAAAUUGUUGAAGGAUUUCGUUGAAAAUUGCGCUGAUAAAGACACGAGAAUAGCUCUCGUCACAAGUGGAGGUACGACAGUUCCCCUGGAGCACAACACUGUGAGAUUCGUUGAUAAUUUCUCAGCAGGAACCAGAGGUUCCAUUUCCACUGAAUUUUUCCUGGAGCAAGGAUAUGCUGUUAUAUUUAUACACAGAACAAAAUCGUUGGAGCCAUUCUCGAGGCACUUUAUAGGCCAAAAAUUCCUGGACAUGUUGGAAUUUGAUGAGGGGAAAGGGAAAUUGAUGGUUUCUGAAAAAUAUUCGGAAUCGGUUGCUCACGUUCUGAUGAAGUACAAAAGUGCUCUCAAACAAGGGAAAUUACUGCAGCUGAGUUUUACAACUUUAUCGGAUUAUCUCUGGCUGUUGAGAUCAGCUUCCCAGGCCCUCGCACCUUUAGAGAAACGAGUUAUUUUAUAUUUAGCUGCUGCAGUCGCUGAUUUUUACGUUCCCUCGAACCAAAUGUCUGUCCAUAAAAUUGGGUCUGACGUUGGGCCUCCGAAGAUAGCUCUUCAAUUAGUUCCAAAAAUAUUGAAACCUCUGGUGAAUCUUUGGGUUCCCAAAGCCUUCGUCGUCUCCUUCAAACUAGAGACUGACGAGAAUUUAUUGAUUACUAAAUCCAGAGCUGCCCUGAAGAACUACAAUCACAAGUUGGUGAUAGGGAAUAUGCUUCAGAAUCGAAAGCAACAGGUGACGAUUGUUGAAAAAAAUCGAGACUACACUAUUUCAUUGACACCUGAACAGAUGGAUCAAGGAGAAGAAAUCGAGAAGUACAUAAUUUCUGAUUUAGUCAAAAGACACAGUGAAUUUUUGACAGCCACAGAAACCAGUUGAUCUCCACUGAAAUUAUUUAAAUGAUUAAUUUUAUUUCAGUACACCUAUUAAAUAAUUAUGUACAAAAUUCAUAUGAAGAAUUUCUAUUGUAAAGGGA